AUGCUCGCCCCACUUCCCCCCACAUGCUCGCCCCACCUCACCGCAUGCCACAACACCGCGGCGCAGGAACUGCAUGGUGGAGCCAUCCUCCUCGCCCAGCCCCAGCGCACGCUGCAGCUCCUCCUUCACCUGCCGCCCCCGCAAGCACAUGUGGCACACGGGCACACGGGCACAGGGGCACAGGGGCAGACGGGCAGAGACGGUUGCGGCGCAGAGUCACGGGGGAAGGGGGGACAGCGGAGCAGGGGGGCAUGGAGGGAAGGCAUGGGGGGAAGGCAUGGGGGGAAGGCAUGGGGGGAAGGCAUGGGGGGAAGGCAUGGGAGGAAGGCAUGGGGGAAGGCAUGGGGGGAAGUCAUGGGGGGAAGUCAUGGGGAGAAGGCAUGGGGGGGAGGCAUAGGGGCGAAGGCAUGGGGGGAAGGCAUAGGGGCGAAGGCAUGGAGGGAAGGCAUGGGGCACAAGAGGAAGGUAGACCGGGGGAUGGCAGUGGGUGGUGUGAGGCAUGCAGUGGGUGGUGUGAGGCAUGCAGUGGGUGGUGUGAGGCAUGCAGUGGGUGGUGUGAGGCAUGCAGUGGGUGGUGUGAGGCAUGCAGUGGGUGGUGUGAGGCAUGCAGUGGGUGGUGUGAGGCAUGCAGUGGGUGGUGUGAGGCAUGGCAGUGGGUGGUGUGAGGCAUGCAGUGGGUGGUGUGAGGCAUGCAGGGUGUGUGAGCAUGCAGUGGGUGGUGUGAGGCAUGCAGUGGGUGGUGUGAGGCAUGCAGUGGGUGGUGUGAGGCAUGCAGUGGGUGGUGUGAGGCAUGCAGUGGGUGGUGUGAGGCAUGCAGUGGGUGGUGUGAGGCAUGCAGUGGGUGGUGUGAGGCAUGCAGUGGGUGGUGUGAGGCAUGCAGUGGGUGUGUGGAGGCAUGCAGUGGGUGGUGUGAGGCAUGCAGUGGGUGGUGUGAGGCAUGCAGUGGGUGGUGUGAGGCAUGCAGUGGGUGGUGUGAGGCAUGCAGUGGGUGGUGUGAGGCAUGCAGUGGGUGGUGUGAGGCAUGCAGUGGGUGGUGUGAGGCAUGCAGUGGGUGGUGUGAGGCAUGCAGUGGGUGGUGUGAGGCAUGCAGUGGGUGGUGUGAGGCAUGCAGUGGGUGGUGUGAGGCAUGCAGUGGGUGGUGUGAGGCAUGCAAGUGGGUGGUGUGAGGCAUGCAGUGGGUGGUGUGAGGCAUGCAGUGGGUGGUGUGAGGCAUGCAGUGGGUGGUGUGAGGCAUGCAGUGGGCGGAAGGUAGGAGAGCAAUGA